GUGAAGCUUAGCGACGCCUGCGCUUGCCAUUUGCUUGGAGGGGAGGAGGAGGAGAAGCUGAAACUCGCAUGAGCGUUCUUUUUUUCUUGACGUUUCUUCCACCGCAACACCAAAUUAACAGCUUAUCCCGUGGGCACAGCUUCUGCUACUCUGCUAUUUCGUCUCCCGGCCCCUUUCUAUUUCGCCUGUUCUUUGCCUUUGCCCGGCUGCAAUCCCUUUGCCGCCGUCGCCACCGGCCGUCUUGUCCCCGUCUCCACACACCACCCCAGGCGUAAGGUCGAUCGCCUAUUAGCUACAAGGCAACCUAAUUUGUAUGCACAUACCAAGUGUUCCCUUGGCUUCCAGGUUUUGCUUUGGCCCGUUGGACGGCUGGUCCAUAUCGGAACCCCAUCUCAGGAGAUAGUCGUCUUUUUCCGCCAAUGUCUCAGCUCUGACACGCCUGCUCGCUUUAGGUUUGCUCUGCGCGUCGCUUUGCUGUCUCGCCCAGCAACAGGCCGGCCCUGCUCCAUACGUUGGUCAAUCUACCUUUAGACCGCCUUCGCUCUCUUUUUUGUCCUCCUUCGUCACUGCAUGUAAUUCUGUUUCUUCAACGUUUUGCUGCUGACGGAAGGACGGUCAUGUUGCCCAAUAUGGCCUCCAGUAAGUCCUUUCGUGGCACUAUGAUGCCGCCUUCUCUCUCUCUUUCUGCUAUCCCCGAAAACCGCGACUUCUCGCCUGCCUCGAGUCCUCUUCGUCGUCAUAUUCGCCAAAAGUUUAGCUUCGAAUCCGAUCACCACCCGCUUCCGCCCAUUCCUACCGACCAGUUCGACUCUGAUGACGACGAUGACGACGAAGAGUUCAACUUUGAGGAGGCAAUGCAGUCAUUCCCGGCUUUCCGAGACGAAAAAUCGAAAUAUUGGAACGACCGCGUUUCUUCUCUGCUCCCAUCACUCAUCACUUCCUCUACAGAUCCCUACCUAAUCCAGCGCAAACCGUUGGCUAUUGAGAAAUCGCUCCCCGCCAACACGCCUCCGCCUCCGCCUCCGCCAUACAACGAGCACGAACCCAAGAUUUCUCUCGACUCCAAAAUCGAAGAUCCCGAAUCCUUUUCACCUCUUACGGAUUCCACAGCACCCUCGGAAAACAGUCCAUCGCUAAGCCUGCCUUUGCUGCAGACCAAGAUUCCGGGUGCCAGUUUUUGGGACGACGAUACGACAUCGCCUACGUCACACCCGUUGCCAAGCCUUCCGGCAGAACUUCCCGCGGCAGUACCGGUAGAAAUGCCCGUAAACUUUGAUAUCGAAGAAAAUCCAGAAUCGACCCAGCUCGACGUUUCCAGACAUGGUUCCACGGAUAGCGGGAGCGAUACGAGUUUUGCCGGUCGCCGAAAGCUGCGCAAAGACAGCCCCGGAUCCAGAAGGCGAAGCAACUCGUAUCAAUCCUCGACAGUCCCUCCACCACCCCAGCUGGGCAUUAAGUCUCGCGCAACAGCUACCAUUCCUGAACCCAGAGGACGCAGCGUCUCGUCACACCCAACGGUUGCCGUUACAGAUAUGUCCCCAAUUUCCAUCCCUGUACCCCCAAUCCCGAUGGCGCGGGCAUCGUCUGCUCAGCCAGCAAAUCAAAGCCCAUCCCGAGGCCGCGUACGGAGAAGCUGGAUGCCGGGAUCGAGAUCUCGGUCCAAUUCCGUCGAAGUUAGCCAAGCUCUUGGUUCAACGUCAUCGUCUCAGGCAUGGAUCAUGGGUGAGGAAAACAAAAGCGAUUACAAUACAUCAUUCUUGAAGAAUGCGGAAAAAGUCCCUGAACUAUGGAAUGAAAGUGGAAGUGUCCUCGUCUUUCUGUUCCCCAAGUCGACAGGUGCUGCUCCAUCUUUCAAAGUACCCGAAUUCACCAUUGCGUCAUCCUAUCUGUUCAACGAAUUGAUUGCCUCGGAGCAAGAGGCUCUGGCUGCGAGCCCGUCACCAAUUACUCCUUCUCGACAUCGCGCCAGAAGCUUUGGCGGCCGUGAUAGCUUGUCAGUAGAAGACGCCAGCCGCAUGUUAUCACCACCGAUGAACCAGAUACAGGCUGAUUUUGCUGCCGAUCUCCGUCUAUAUAUUCCUAUUGUUCGACCUACAGCCACAACCGGACAUCUAGCAUCGCCUUCUUACGGUGCUGAAGCCGAUAUGGAGCGUCUGAUUGGUAUUCGAAACAUGUUUGCUUUCUUAACCGGCCAGCCUCUUGUCGGUACACCGUCUUGCCCUAACAUGUUUACGGCCUUUUUGCAGAUUGCCGAACUUCUCGAAGAAUUUGGCUUUAUUGGUGUGGACGGGUGCGGAUUUGGGCAAGCCGUUGACAUGAGCUUCUCUUUCUACUGCGAUCAAUUUGGAUUCUCCGACUGCAGAAGCAGCCGCGAGAAGACAGUCGAAGCGCUGAUUUUGGGCGAACGUAUGCGAUGCAUGGAUCUGUAUGGUGAGGCAUUUGCUCAUGCCGCCGGCAAGUACUCUGCUAUUAUGGAUCUUCGAUUGCCUUUGUAUGACCGCUUAUCGCCGCGCACACGACAGCGUCUCGAAAGGUCUCACAUCGACUUGCUCAACAGACAGCAUAACGUCAAUGAGCACUUGGAACUGUUUGAAUUUCCGUCCAUCUUUGCUGGUAUUGCAAACUCGACGUCCGUACCAGAGCUGCGCCAGAUUCGCUUCAAAGUCUGGAAAGCGUCGUUUAGUAAAAUGCGAGCCUUUAUCUUAUCAUACUACAAGGGUACCUUCGGAAGCUGGCCUCCCAAGGCGACGAGCAAGAAGAAUCCCUUUGCUGAAAGUGGCUUGAACCGACUAGUACUGAAGCUCUUGUAUUCAGAUAUGUGCGCCCUAUACGAUUUGAUGGUCGAUCGAGAAAAUAUCACAACUCGCAUCAUUGAUCACGCACCUACGGUGACCAAGGCCAACGAAAAGGUACACAUCUCAGCGUUACGCAACAUUAUGUCUGAAUUUGACCGCUCGCGCCCUCCCGUCCUACCUCCGAUUCCUUUCGACGUCCCCCAGCUUCCCAACAUGGCGGCUAUUAUGGAAACAUAUAGCGGUCUGCAACCCAAAGAGCAGGCCAAGUUUGACAAGAAGAUCAAGGAACACGAACUAGCUCUCAUCCUGAACAAGGCUUACAACUAUGACACGAACAAGAUUAAGCUACCAUUCUUGGACCAAUUCAAGGAGUUUGAGUUACGCGAGGCCAAGGGCAAGGCCGGACAAGACUUGGUUGACCAGCGUAUCGGCUACUGGCUGUUUUUGUACGCGGUCUUGCAGUCGCUACCCAUGCUUGUUGUAGAUGCUCCCGGACUCAAGCAUACUGAGGGAACAGAGUACUUCCUAUGCCAGCCCAUCAUGGGACAACCACCAUGGGCUGAGGAUGGUCAGGUGCGAAAGAUGUGGUACGAAGUCGCCGGUGGCGGUGGUCUAGUAGAGUUGUCUGCCGAUGCUGUCAUGUACAGUGUCGAAGCAACAUACCACCGAAGCCACUGCUGGCUGGCCGCCAAGCAAUGGGAGAAUAUGGAAGAGGCUACAGAAGAUAUCCCUGUAGCCCCUGCGUUAUCACCACUGGCACCGCCCCGGCCAAUGUUUGAGAGCAUGAAUGAUGCGCUUGGUAGCGGUACACCACCUGCUUCUGCAUCAUCUACGCCUCCUGGAGUUGCUCCGGCUCUCGCUCUCCGUACCCGCAAUCUUUCUCCGGCAAGGAAUUCGCGCGCAAGCCCGUCUUGGCGAUCCAGCAUUGCCAUUGGCAUUGAGCCUGUACCUAUGGACGAACCCACUACGUUUGGACCCCACCAGCGCAGUAGUUCCAUGGGCCCAAAGCAGAUGAGCAUUCACAGUGGCCGCAGUCAAUCUUCAGGCAACCUAUACAGCAUGGCUGCUAGCGUCGCGUCUAGCCCGCGAACAAUGACACCAGCACCAACGCUGACUUCCAGCGCAACUUUUGACGACAUUCUCGGUACCGUUAGCGGUAACAAAGAGAAAAAGGAGAAACUGGCGGUUACCAAAAAGAGAAGCCGCUUCUUUUAACAUAGAUUGGGCAUUGGCGUUUUUCAUAUUUACUUGGCACUCUCUUUCGACAUAUCCAGUUUCUUCAUGUUUUGCAUUCAUUGCAUGGGGCUUUCUUUUUUGGAAAUACGAUCUACAACCUCUACCAACCAAUCAACUUAAUAUAGAACCAUCGUUUUUCUUAGCAAUAUAAAAGAGAGCCAUCUCAGACUUUACAUUAG